AGAAGCUGUGCUAUUACCUUCCCAGGUGAAUCUGAUAAGACAACAACAGAUUUCACCAUGGGCUCCAUCAGUGCAGCAAAUGCAGAAUUCUGUUUUGAUAUAUUCAGAGAACUGAAAGUCCACCAUGCCAAUGACAACAUCAUCUUUUCCUCCCUGAGCAUGAUUUCAACCCUGUCCAUGGUGUAUCUGGGAGCAAGAGGUAACACUCAAUCUCAGAUGGAGAAGGUUCUUCACUUUGAUAACGUUACAGGAGCUGGAGACACUACUGACUCCCAGUGUGGCACUUCUGAAUACAUCCACAACUCAUUCAAAGAUCUUCUCUCAGAGAUCACCAGGCAAAAUACUACUUACUCACUCAAGAUUGCUGACAGACUCUAUAUUGACAAAACAUACCCAGUUCUUCAGGAAUACUUGAAGUGUGCAAAGAAAUUCUACAAAGCAGGGCUGGAAGAAGUUAACUUCAAAACAGCUGCAGAAGAAGCUAGACAGGUCAUUAAUUCCUGGGUGGAGAAAGAGACAAAUGGACGGAUCCAAGAUUUCCUUGUGCCAGGCUCUGUUGAUCUUGAUACUGCCCUGGUCUUUGUGAAUGCCAUCUACUUCAAAGGGAUAUGGAAGACCUCAUUUAAAGAAGAAGACACUCAGGAAGUGCCCUUCAAUGUCACAGAGCAAGACAGCAAACCUGUGCAAAUGAUGUGUCAGAACAGUACAUUCAAAGUGGCAAGAGUGGCUGCAGAGAAAAUUAAGAUCCUGGAGCUUCCAUAUGCCAGUGGAGAGCUGAGCCUGUUGGUGCUGUUGCCUGAUGAUAUCUCUGGCCUGGAGCAGCUUGAGAGCAAAAUCAGCUAUGAAAAACUUACAGAGUGGACCAGUCCCAGCGUGAUGGAAAAGAAGAGAGUGAAAGUGUACCUCCCACGCAUGAAGAUUGAGGGAAAAUAUAACCUCACAUCCGUCUUAACAGACUUGGGUAUGACUGACCUGUUCAGCCCUUCAGCCAAUCUCUCUGGCAUCUCUUCAGCAGAGACCCUGAAGAUAUCUGAGGCCAUCCAUGAGGCAUACAUGGAAGUCACUGAAGAGGGCAGGGUCUGGCUUGGCUCAGGAGGUGCAACAGGAGACAACCAAGAUUCCUCUGAAUCUGAAGAGUUUAGGGACCCAUUCCUUUUCUUGAUCAAACACAUACCAAGCGACAUCAUCCUCUUCUUUGGUAGGUACUCUUCUCCCUGA